AUGCUGUUCGCGGGCCAGAGCGCCGGAGCGCACCUGGGUGCCUCGGCCCUGCUGCACCACUGCCUGCUGGAGGCCAAGCAUAUGCGAGGCGCCGCAGGUCCAGAGAAGAAAUUCGACAUAUGGUCGGUGAAGCAGUUCAAGGCCUUCGUGGGAGUGUCCGGGCCGUACGACCUCGCUGCGAUGGCGCCCCACUUCGGCCUGCCGCCGCGCAUGGUCGAUUCGCUCACCAUGGGCGACAACCUCCUCUCCUCCCCGGGGCUGCUCGUGUCGUCGGAGGAGUGGAAGGGAGGUGGCCGAGUGCGCGACCGCGCUGCUUCCUCCGAUCCUCUUAUUCCACGGAGAUAA